AUGAAACGAAAAUUUGAAGAUCAGCUUCAACAACCGAGUAGUAGUAGCAACGGAGGUUGUUGUGAUGAAUCCUCCUCCUCCUCCUCCUCCACCUUUCCACCAAGGAACAAACAUGUAAAAUUCUCCUCCUCCUCCUCUUCAACAAAUCAUCACGAUAACAUACAAACUCAUGAGGAAUCCAAACACACUCUUCAAUCCAUUCGCGAGGCUAAAUCUCUCCGAAUGAUCAAACAAUUAAAAGGCUUUGAACAAACAACAUCCAUUCUCGGACAAGUCAAUGAAACAGGAAGUGGAUUAGAAGGUGAAGAAGGAAAUUUAAAUGAAGAACGUUUUAUUGAUGAAGAAAAUAAUAACACAGUGAUGGAACCCUUUCACUUGGAAGCAGAACGAACAGAAGGAAUAUUUAAAGAUAAACAAACCAAAGAGGAAGAACAACGAAAAAAAAAGAAAAAAUUACAACAACGAGUAUUGGAUAAAGUAAUUAGAAAUAAUGAAAGUGAUGAAGAGGAUAGUGAUGAUGGUGAAAAAGAUAUUUGGGCAGAUGAUUUGGAAGAAGUGAAUCCUUCCUUGUCUUUGAAAAAUCGGAAUGAUGAAAAAGAAGAGACAACGAGUCCUCCUCCAUUAUCACUCUCUGAAUGCCAUCAAUAUAUUGUUGAUCAUCUCAUGGAUCGAAAAGAAACAAUUUCUAAGGCAUUACAACGAUUGAAAAAAUCAAUGACUUGUCACUCGAGUGGUACUGAUCAAGAUCCUUCAAAAGUAUACAAUGAAUUAAUCAAAAUAGCAAAUAUUUUAAUUACUCAUUACAACGUUUAUGAUAUUUAUGAUAAAAAAAGAGAAUCGUUCCAAAAAAGAGUGAAAUGGGAAUAUCGAGUCAAAGAUACCAACGAAAUUCAUGGACCAUUCUCAACCAAUGACAUGAUCACAUGGAUGGAUCAUGGAUUGUUAACAAACGAUAAUGUACAAGUAAGAAUAUUCUGUGGUGAAAGUGAUGAUUUUUUAGAAUUAAAUUCAGUGGAUUUUACAAAAUAUGAAUAA